AUGAGAUUAGUGGAAAAAAAUUCACUGGAAUUUUUUGUGGAAAUCACUGAAAGUAAUGAAAUUUUAGUGGAUUCGCCAUUCUUGUCGCGCGGUGGUGUACACAAUCUUCGAUCGGGUUUAUUACCGCCAUCACCAGUGCACGUGAAUGGUAAUAAUCACCGAUAUAAUAGCAAUAAUAACUGUAAUGAGAAUGACUUUCGUUGUAACGAUGGCAAAUGUAUUCGGAGAGAAUGGAAAUGCGAUGGUUCCGGUGACUGUGCUGAUGGCGAGGACGAAAAGGACUGUCCACAUCCCGGUUGUAAGACAGACCAGUGGCAGUGUGAUAGAUACGAAUGGCAUUCGGUAUCGUGUAUCGCUGAAUAUCAACGAUGCGACAAUAUCACCGAUUGUGCGGAUGGAUCGGAUGAAGUCGACUGUCCAGCAACCAAUGUUUCGUGCAGCGUGAACGAUGGUUCAGUAUUCCAAUGCGCAGAUGGUCGCCAAUGUUUUGACAUUUCGAAGAAGUGUGAUGGAAUUUACGAUUGCCGAGAUUUGAGCGAUGAGAAGGAUUCAUGUCCACAUAAUCACACGGCAUGUUUCCAAUAUCAGUUCCGAUGUGCGGACCACUCUCAGUGCAUUCAAAAAUCAUGGGUUUGUGAUGGCUCUAAUGAUUGUGCCGAUGGCUCUGAUGAACCACCUACUUGUGAAUUCAAGCAAUGCACUGGCAGCGAUUUCCAAUGUAAAAAUAAACGAUGUCAACCAAGGAAAUUCCGCUGUGAUUAUUACGAUGACUGUGGCGAUAACUCAGACGAAGAAGGAUGUGGUCAAUAUCUGUGUCCACCACAACAGUGGAAUUGUCCCGGGUCAGGGCACUGCAUCGACGAACUGAAACUUUGUGAUGGUAAAAAAGAUUGCGCGGACGGUGCUGAUGAGAGGAAUUGUUCUUCAAACUUGUGUCCAUCGUUGGGAUGCCAAGCUGGCUGUCAUGCGUCACCAUCCGGUGGUGAAUGCACUUGCCCUAUUGGAUAUCAACUCGACGAUCGAUUUCACAGAACCUGUUCUGAUGUAAAUGAGUGUGCGGAAUGGGGAUAUUGUGAUCAAGGAUGUCAGAACCAUCGACCUGGUUUCACAUGCUCAUGUAUGAGUGAAUGCUAUAGUUUGGAGAUGAUGCACGGUCCUGGUGUUGAUAAUCUGACGUUGCGUGGUUAUUGUUUGUCGAGAAAUCAUGAAAAUAUGAAAUUGUUCGUUGCAAGGAGAGAGGGCCUUUACAGAUUAAAUCCAAACAAUAAAGACGAAGAACCAAAACGACUUGUCAGUGGCGAGUUCAUAUACGGUAUCGAUUAUGAUUACGGUGAUAAGAAAUUGUUCUGGACUGAUCGCCUUUCACACUCUGCGUUCAGCGCUGAUCUGGAUGAAGAAGGCGAUAUACAGAAUAUCAAGAAGUUAGACUUGAAAAGUUUGGUAUAUCCACGGAAUUUGGCAGUAGAUUGGAUAACCAAUCAUUUGUACAUAAUUGAGUCCGGAUCAAGACGUAUCGAUGUGGUAACGUAUGACGGUAACAGACGCACUGUUUUACUUGCCGAUCACCUCACACUACCACUCGACAUUGCUUUGGAUCCGAUCAGAGGAGAAAUGUUCUUCUCGAAUCAAUUCAAGUUAGAAACAGCAGCAAUGGAUGGUACUAGACGUCGAACACUUAUCGAUACACAUACUCAUCAAGUCAGCGGACUUGUUGUGGAUAUUCCCUCGAAACGCGUCUAUUGGGUAGAUCCAAAAGUUGAUCGAGUGGAGUCAAUUGACUACAAUGGUAACGAUCGCCGCAUCGUUGCACAAGGCAUGAACCGAGUUCCACAUCCGUUCGGAUUGACGAUAUUCGAUCAGUAUUUAUAUUGGACUGAUUGGACAAGACUUGGCGUCAUAAAAAUCGAGAAAUUUGGCUCAGAUACGGAAAUUAUUUGGUCUAAAAAAGAGAAUAAUGUAUUCCCGAUGGGUAUUUCGGCAUAUCACGAGAUGUCACAGCCUGGACCGAAACAGAGCGAUUGUAUUGGAUUGAAGAUCGAUAAUCCGUGCGUUGAGUCAGACUGUGAAGGGAUGUGUUUGUUGAGUAAAGAUUCGGGUGGUAUAGGUCUCGGCUAUCGAUGUGCAUGCCCUAUUGGCCAGAAGUUGGUAGAUGGCAAACAGUGUGUUGAAUCAACGGACUAUUUGUUGUUCAGUAGCAAUAAAGUUGUGCGGGGUAUAUUCCCAGAACUGAUUGAGAACUCUCUCAGCGAAGCCAUAUUACCAAUAUCACCGAAAUCACAACGAAGAAUCGGAAUGUACUUCGAGGUGGAAUGUGACGUACAUUCAAAUAGCUUCUUUUAUGUGGAUAUCAUGGAUAAUACUGUUUAUCGAAUUCGUCCAGAUGGUGAAGGUUUAGCGCCAGUUUUGGUGACCCAUAACGAUGGUUUAGUGUCGAUGUCUUAUGAUUGGUUAUCGAAACAACUUUAUUAUGUUGAUAAUAUCAGGAACAGCUUGGAGGUUGUUAGAAUUAGCGAAGAGGGCUUGAUCCAUCCAGAUCAACUGGUACAUCGAUUGCUUUUGAAUGGUCUUCGUGAUCCAGUAGCGGUUGCAGUCCAUCCAUGGAAAGGCCUUCUAUUCUUUGCUGAGGCAGCAAGACCUGCGAAGAUUUAUCAAUGUUAUAUCGAUGCAACGAACUGCCGAAUAAUCCGUAAUACGACAUUAGGGCGUCCGUCAAGUUUUGCGAUCGAUUACGAAGAGCAAAAGCUAUGUUACGGCGAUACAUUACUCAAAACGAUCACCUGCAUGAAUUUCGAUGGCUCAAAUCCUUAUAUUGUUCCGAUCGAACAUCCAAUCCCUGUGGCUAUUGCAAUCUUAGGAGAUCAACUGUAUUUUGUACACCAAAGACCAUACUCUAUCCGUCGUGUAAACAAGCGAAAUGGCGGACCUGGCAAAGUAAUACGCGAAUUUUCGGGUGAAGAACGAAGCAUUUUCUCACUCAAGGCGUGUUCGAUUUCGAAUCAGCCGAUACCAGACCCAUCACUGGACCAUCCUUGUCAUCAAAGCGAUUGCUCACAACUUUGUUUCGCAUUACCAAAUUCGUCACAUUCAUCUGAUGCUCAACCUCUUAUGAAAAAAUGUGCUUGUAGAACAGGGUACAAAAUCAACCAUGAGAAUCAUCGGUCGUGUGUGCGUGAUAUGAAUGAGAUAAUAGAACCGUUAUGCUCGAAUAAUGCAUCGCAAUAUCAGUGCAAUAACGGACGUUGCAUACCGAACGAGUGGAAAUGCGAUGGCGAAGAUGAUUGUUUAGAUGGCAGUGAUGAGAGAGGAGCCAACGGAAAGCCGUGUUUUGUACCGAAGGAAUGUCCAGCGAGUACGAUCAGAUGUAACAAUACGAAAAAAUGUAUUCCUGAACAAUACGCAUGCGAUGGUGAUAAUGACUGUGGUGAUUAUUCGGAUGAGGAUGUUAAGUAUUGCAAAAACGGUGAAACGCCCGUGUGUGCAUCGAAGAAAUUCCAAUGCGACAACCAUCGAUGUAUACCGGAACAAUGGAAAUGUGAUUCAGAUAAUGACUGUGGUGAUGGUUCAGAUGAGAAGCUUGAAAUUUGUGCUAACACUACUUGUGCGUCGAAUCAGUUCACAUGCGGUAACGGUCGUUGUAUCCCGGUGUAUUGGUUAUGCGAUGGUGAUAAUGAUUGCUAUGAUAACAGCGAUGAAGAUAAAGAGAGAUGUCCAUCGAUCCAGUGCAGAUCCGAUCAGUUCAGAUGUGUUACUUCAAGACAAUGCAUUUCACUGAAAAAUUACUGCGAUGGUCAAUCGGAUUGUGAUGACGGUUCCGACGAAGACAGUUGCAUUUUACAAGAAGGAAAAUGCAAACAUAAUGAAUUCACGUGUGUUUCAAACGGACUUUGCAUACCGUUGAAUUGGAAGUGUGAUUCAAUCGUGGACUGUGAAGAUGGCAGUGACGAACCAGCAGGUGUUUGUGGUGCGAAUAAAUGUCCAUCGGAUCAUUUUCAAUGCGAUAAUGGCCGAUGCAUUUUCAAUACAUGGCUAUGUGAUGGCGAGAACGAUUGUGGUGAUAACAGUGAUGAGGACGUGAAACGAGGAUGUCAACGGAAUCAGCAACUCUCGAUUCGUUGUCCAUUCGAACAUAUUGCUUGUCGUGAAUCACCGGAUAUUUGCAUCCCACUUCAUAAUCUAUGCGAUGGUAAAGAUCAUUGCCCGAAUGGAUCAGAUGAAGGUGGUCGAUGUGACCGAGACCUGUGUGCUGCGAACAGAGCUGGCUGCAAUUACAAGUGUCACACCAGUCCCGACGGCCCGAUUUGUUCGUGUCCUUACGGUGAACAGUUGGUGAAUAAAACAAGAUGUGAACCCGAGAAUGAAUGCUUAGACGCAAGAUCGUGCAGUCAAAGAUGCACCGACGAAAAACAUGGAUUCACUUGCUCGUGCGAUGAGGGUUACACACUUGACGCUGACAAACGAACGUGCAAAGUCACUGAGAAUGCUAAGGAUAUGCGAGUUUAUGUGUCGAAUCGUAAUCGUAUUUAUUGGUCGGAUAGCCAUCUGCAGAACUGGCGAACGUUUGCGGCGCAAGUUGAGAAUGCCAUCGCACUUGCAUGGGACUCAGUCCGAGAUCGCAUUUAUUGGUCGGACAUUCGUGAAAAGAAGAUAUUUUCCGCAAGUCGAAACGGUACAAAUGUCACCACGUUUAUAUCGAAUGGUCUCGACAUAACCGAAGGAAUCAGUUUGGAUUGGGUUGCAAGAAAUUUGUAUUGGGUUGAUUCUAGCUUGAAUACUAUUGAAGUGGCGUCACUUGAUAGACCUGAUGCAAGAGCGGUGCUGAUCCAUGAGAACGUUGAUCAGCCGCGUGGUAUUGCCGUGGACCCUCGCAAAGGCCUUCUGUUUUGGACUGAUUGGGGACAGAAACCUCGUGUUGAACGUUCCUAUAUGGAUGGUUCAGAACGUAAAAUUUUGGUAGAUACGAAGAUUUACUGGCCAAAUACGAUUGCUUUGGAUUUCACAACGGAUCGCGUUUAUUUUGCUGACAGUAAACUUGACUAUAUUGAUUUCGUCAAUUAUGAUGGAACCGGUCGAACCCAAGUGCUGUCAUCACCGAAAUUGGUGCAGCAUCCUCAUGCUCUGGCCAUAUUCGAAGAUUUAAUCUACUACAGUGAUCGUCGAUUGCAAAAGCUGCAAAUCUAUCCGAAGUAUCCGAAUGGAACUUCGAUUGACUAUCCGUCACAUACGUUCUCGAAAGCACUCGGUGUGCUUGCAAUUCAUCCAGUUCUACAGCCUCACGUCAGCAACAAUCCAUGUGCCAAUGAUCCAUGUUCACAUCUCUGUUUGAUCAGUAAAGAUUCGAAGUACAAAUGCAAGUGUCCAAUGGGCAAAUUGUUGGGUGCAGAUGGUAAAACUUGUGAAAACGACUCAAAACCAUUUUUGUUGCUGAUACAGAAAACGAACAUUUUCGGUAUACAAGUGGACAACGUUGUUAACGGUACACCGCAGUUGGCUGAUACUGAUUGCCAAUUUGGUGGUAAUAAUGAUAAUGAGUUGAAGAUAUCUGCAUCGCAAAUUCCUGAUGAUCCGUACUGUAUCGCUGUUGAUUGGAAUGGACGUAAUUUAUACGUUGCGAAUAAGAUAUCACAAACCAUUGAAGUUGUUCGUACACAAGGAACUCAGUAUCGCGCAACAAUUCUGAACAACGAUCAAUCACUAACUGCCAUCGCGCAGCCAGUCGCGAUCGCUGUUGAUUCAGAUCGAGGUCUGCUGUUCUGGUUGGACCGAGGAGCUGGAGCCUCACCACCUAAGGUGGCGCAUGCUGACCUGGACGGCAAAAACCCUUUGGUGAUAGUAUCAAAUGACUUGAGUGAGCUAGACCAUAUCGCUCUGGAUACAGCAAAUCAACGCGUAUACUAUUCAGAGUCGAAAGCUGGUCGUAUAACGUCAGUGACCUACGAUGGACAAGAUCGUCAUUACGUGCUGAAUGAUCCAGGAAAGCAACCGCUUGGAUUGGCAUUCUUCAGCAAUAAAUUGUUCUAUUCGGAUAGUGCAUUUGAUGCGAUAGAAUAUUCAGUCAUCAACAAUGACGGACAGAUUCCCGUAUUUGAACCAUUCAAAAAAGAUAUCGAGCAACUCGUCAAUAUUAAAGUCAUUGCACCCAAAAAAUCGCCCUUCUCGCAUCCAUGUCACACAAAUAAUGGCAAUUGUGAGCACUUGUGUAUUCCACAGUCAUUCUCACAGCACAGGUGCCUGUGUGCAACAGGCUUCGCUUUGGAUGGUGCUAAUAAAUGUAAACUGUACGAUCAAUCGUUCCUGCUGAUCGCUACCAGAACUAAAAUCAUUGGAAUACCGCUGAAUGAAGAGCAUUCAAAAGCGAUAGCGAUGGAACCAAUCGGCGGAACGUCAAUCACCUCGAUUGAUAUCGAAUACGAAUCGAAAUCGAUCUUUGUCGCGCAGUCAUUCGGCAUUAAUCGUGGCAUAAAACGGAUUCAGUUGGGAGGUGGUGAUAACGCUAAGAAUAUCAUUUCGGAUCAUUUCGGCUCGUUCACGAUCCGAUCGGUUUCUGUCGACUGGAUUAAUUACAAUUUAUACUUCAUAAACGCUGAUUCGGAUCGAACGCAUAUCGAAGUGUGUCAGCUGGAUGGUAAAUAUCGCAAGAUUUUGCUAUCAACUAAAACUGAAACGCCAACAUCAAUUGUUGUGGAUCCUGUUUCGAGAUACGUUUAUUGGGCUGAUCAAGGACAAAGUCCAUCAAUUCAGCGUGCUUAUCUGGAUGGUUCGAAUCGACAAGUACUUGUGCAUGAUGGCAUUGCUGAACCGACGGAUUUGGUCGUCGAUCCAAACAGUCAUAUGAUUUACUGGACUGAUGCAAAAUUGGAUGGCAUAUACCGUGUUCGGCCGGAUGGCUUCAGUAAGCCAGAGUUGAUUCGCAGUGACAUUGCUGCCGCAGCUGGUAUAUCUUUACUCGGACAAACCAUGUAUUGGACCGAUAAUAGACUCGAAAAAGUCUUCUCGGCCACAAGUCGUCCUAAUCAAAGUUCGAUACUGCUACAACCAUCCAUAAUAGCCUCAUCGCUGCCAGAUGUAGGCGAUAUCGUUGCAUUCGAUGAAUCAGUCCAACCGAAAUCUCAGUCACCAUGUCAAAUCACCGAUAAUCUACGCAAAUCGCCUUGUCAACAGCUAUGUUUCGCCAUUCCGGCUAGUCAAAGUCCGGUUUGUGCUUGUGCCAGGGGUGUUUUGAAAGGACGAUAUUGUGAAGAGCCCGAAACCUAUCUAAUGUUCCUCGAUGGUGAACGUAUCGUGGACGCUCCAAUCGAGCCGGACAUAAAAGCGUCAAAUCCACUGAAAGAAUCAUUCCCAUCGAUUGACAAUUUGCAGUUGUUCGAUAUCGAUAUCCAGCUUAGACGUAUUUAUUUUGUCACUGAAUCACCAGCUGGGGUUAAUAUCUCAUGGUUUGCGAUGAAUCAACCCAGCAAACAACGUGUGAUAUUCGGUCCAACCAAAACAAAACUACAGCAAGCAACAAUCCGUCAUAUAUCAGACAUGAAGUUGGAUUGGUUAACUCAGAAACUUUACUUCACUACUGGAAGAAGUGGUAAAAUCUACGCGAUCGAUACACAAGGCGAGCACAUCGCAACAAUUGCAAAUGGUGAUUGGACAUACGCACUGGCUCUAGAUCCGUGUGCCGGACUUAUAUUUUGGUCGGACAGUGGAUAUAAAAUAUCUGGAGGUAGUUACGAGCCUCGAAUCGAGCGUGCCAAUAUGGCUGGUGGUGACCGUGAGGUGAUCGUUCGUCAGGGUGUUAGCUUACCAGCGGCGAUAUCUGUCGAUUUUCGUGAUCAGCGUAUCUAUUGGGCUGAUGUUAAUAGAUUGAAUAUCGAAUCAUCUGAUUACAAUGGGAAGAAUCGUCGAGUUGUGGGGGUUGGUUACCGUGCGAAGAGUUUAGAGAUCUGGGAUGACUGGCUGUACAUGAGCGAUCCGCUCUCGAACGGUAUAUAUCGUAUGGAUAAGGACAACGGUGACAGCUACGAAGUGGUUGUCGGUAACAGGCGACUACCAUCUACACUGCGGAUAUUCGCAUCUGAAUCUGAUAUCAAAACAAGAGCACAAUUCUGCAAUUCACAAAUUUCGAAUCUUUGUAAGAUUAACAAUGGCGGUUGUGAGCAGUUAUGUCAUUUGAUAUCAACUUCGAUUGGUAUUGCUGCAUCCAAGGUGCAAUGUGCUUGUAACGAUUCAUUUGAACUCGUUGCAUUACCUGGAAAAGAUAUAGCCACUCAGUGUGUACCGAAAGACAACGAGAAAGGAUUCCAGAUAUGUCAACCACCGUACAAUUUCCAAUGUGGCGAUGGUGCAUGCAUAUCACUGAGUGAUACGUGCAAUGGACGUCCAGAUUGCUCGGAUGGUUCUGAUGAACAUCCGACGUAUUGCAGUGAGUUCGAUUCUAUUGGCAACACUCGUGUGUGUCCAGAACGAUACUAUUUGUGUACGAAUCGACGAUGUAUCGAAGCUGAUCGUCGUUGUAAUAAUAUAAACGAUUGUGGAGAUAAUUCGGACGAAUUGGACUGUUCAACGACACAAUCGAAUGCGUGUGGAUUCGGUCAAUUCGCAUGUUCAAAUGGACACUGUAUCAAUCAAACAAAGGUUUGUGAUGGUCAUAACGAUUGUCACGAUGAAAAAGUAUCGGACGAAAGUCGAGAGACGUGUAAAGAUUUGCCGAUAGACUGUCGUGGUGUUCGUAUCAAGUGUGAAAAUACGAACAUUUGCAUACAACCGGCCGAUCUGUGCGAUGGUUAUGAUGAUUGCGGUGAUAAAUCGGAUGAGAACAAACUCUUCUGCAUGAAUCAACCAUGCGCUACACAUUAUGUACGAUGUCCAAGCGGUCGAUGUAUCCCGGAAACAUGGCAAUGUGACGGUGAUAACGAUUGUGGUGAGGGAGCAUGGGAUGAAACGCAUACCAAUUGUACUGAUUCCAGUGGACGACGAAUUUGCGUCGGAGACUAUCUGUUCCAGUGUGAUAACGGAAAAUGUAUAAGUCGUGCGUUCAUUUGCGAUGGAGAGGAUGAUUGUGGUGAUUCGAGUGAUGAGAGUAUCGUGCAUAAUUGUGGUAAUCGAACAUGCUCCGCAGAUGAGUAUCACUGCAAAUCAAACGCACACUUAUCACAACCAAAAUAUGAAUGCAUACCAAAAGCAUGGCUCUGCGACGGUGAUGUUACAUGUGCGAACGGUGAGGAUGAAUCCAAGGAAUUAUGCGGAGUUGAGAAGAAAGACUGUAAUAAGGGCGAAUUCAGGUGUAAAAACAGUCACUGUAUUCAUGCAUCAUGGGAAUGUGAUGGCGAUAACGAUUGUUUGGAUGGGUCUGAUGAACAUGCGAAUUGCACAUAUUCCCAGUGUCAGCCAGAGUUCUGGCAGUGUGCAAAUCACAAAUGCAUUCCGAAUUCGUGGAAAUGCGAUGGUAAUGACGACUGCGAUGAUGGAAGUGACGAAAAGGAUUGUGCUGCAUCAAGCAGUUCCCAAGUGGAUGGCAGCACAAAAUGUGGCUCAGGGCAGUUCGAAUGUGCAAGUGGUGAGUGCAUCAGCUCACUGAAAGUGUGCGAUCGAGUCUACGAUUGCACUGAUCAUUCGGAUGAAUCAUCGAAAUGCUUUAUAAAUGAAUGUGAAACAGCUGAAAAGCCACUGUGUGAACAGAAGUGCGUUGAUUUACCAAUUGACUACAGAUGUGAAUGCUACGAGGGAUUUGCGUUGGACAAGAACGAUAAGAAAUCGUGUCAUGACAUCGAUGAAUGUGAAGAUGGUACAUCACAAUGUAGUCAAGGAUGUGUGAAUAAGAUCGGUUCAUUCAAGUGUUCGUGCGUCGAUGGCUAUGCAAUGGCUCAUGAUGACAAGACUUGUAAACGAGUUAAUAUGGAACCAGAACCAUGGCUUCUGUUUGCCAAUAAACAUUAUCUGAGAAAAUUAACGAUAGACGGUGAUAACUACGAAUUGGUUGCGAAGGGCUUUGAUAAUGUCAUAUCACUGGAUGUUGAUAUGGUUGAUAAGAAGGCUUAUUUGAUUGAUUCUGGUAAAUUGAGACUGUACAGAGUUGGCUUAGAUGAACUGGAUCAACCGAUUGAUUCAUAUGAAGUUGUACUCAGACAUAACAUAUUUGGAACUGAAGGCCUUGCUGUUGAUUGGGUUGGACGUAAAUUAUACACGUUGAACAGACAAGAACGAUCGAUUCGUGUCUGUGAAUUGGAUGGACGUUUUUGCAAAACUUUAAUUAGAGAUCGCAUCUCACAACCAAAGGCUAUAGUGGUACAUCCAGGAAAAGGUUACAUAUACUUCACGGAAUGGAGUUUACAACCUUAUAUUGGUAGAAUGGCCAUGGACGGUUCACCGGAUCUUGCUGAUCCAAUUGUUAAAUUGGCUGAGAACGAUUUGGGUUGGCCGAAUGCACUCGCGAUUGAUUUCUAUUCCAAUAAACUAUUUUGGGGUGACGCACACUUGAACGAAAUAGGUUUUAUGAACUUGGAUGGAGGCGCAAGACAUCAUAUACCAGCCAAACGAACAUCGCACGUUUCAUCAAUGACCAUAUUCGACGACUACUUGUUCUGGUCUGACUGGAACUUAAGGCAGAUCAUGCGAUCAAAUAAAUGGAAUGGCUCCAAUGAAAUCAUACUCAAAACAACCACACAACUACCCAACGAUAUCAGAGUAAUUCAUCCACUUCGACAACCGCGCUACACAAAUCCAUGUGGUACAAACAAUGGUGGAUGUUCACAGUUGUGUUUGCUAACAGAAGGUGGUAUCAAUUAUCGAUGUGAAUGCGCUGAUCAGUUCAUUUUAUUGGCCGAUAAUAAAACAUGUCAACCGAAUUGUACGGCUAGACAAUUCGCGUGCGGUGGAGAGGAUGCGAAAUGUAUACCGAAAUUAUGGUAUUGUGAUGGUGAGGUGGACUGCAGAGAUGGCAGCGAUGAGCCUGGAAAGGAGAUUUGCGGUCCAAGGAUAUGCCCAGUUGGUGAAUUCCAGUGUUCAAAUCAUAACUGCACACGACCAUUCCAACUGUGCGAUGGUAAUGACGAUUGCGGGGACGGAACAGAUGAGCAAGACUGUGAUAAGCCAUGUGAUCCGUGGAUGUUCAAAUGUCAAUCAACCGGUAAGUGCAUUCCGAAACGGUUCACUUGUGACGGUGAUGAUGAUUGUGGUGACCGAUCGGAUGAAUCUGACAUUAUCUGCAAAAAUCCGAGCCACAAUUGUACAGCAGAAGAAUUUCGAUGUAGCAAUCACAAAUGCAUACCAAAAGCAUGGAAGUGCGACAAUGACGAUGAUUGUGGUGAUAAUUCUGACGAGCCGGCCGAAUGUGUUAACAUAGAGUGCAGAAAAGGCUGGACUCGAUGUUCCACUUCGUACAGAUGCAUUCCCGAUUGGGCAUUCUGUAAUGGACAGGACGAUUGCCGUGAUAAUUCGGACGAAUUGAUAGAAAGAUGUCCAAAAUGUGAUGAUAUCGGUGAAUUCAGAUGUGCUACCACUGGUAAAUGUAUACCGAGAAGAUGGAUGUGUGAUAGUGAGAACGAUUGUGGUGACGAUUCGGAUGAAACGGAUGCAUCUUGUGGUGGCACUUCGAGACCUUGUUCUGAGUCUGAAUUUCGCUGUAACGAUGGUCGAUGUAUUCCGGGCAAUAAGGUGUGCGAUGGUACCGUUCAGUGCAGUGAUGGCUUGGACGAAUCGCAGUGUAAAAUGCGUGACUGUCUAAGGGGAUACAAGCAGUGUGAUGAUGGAACUUGCAUACUGGAACAUCGAUGGUGUGACAGACGCAGAGACUGCUUCAAUGCUUCUGAUGAAUUGCAUUGCGAAAAUUAUCCAGGAAGACGAGAAUGUAGUACAUACGAGUUCAUGUGCGAUAAUUCAGUGUGUAUACCACGUAAGUUUAUGUGCGAUGGUGAUAACGAUUGCGGUGACAAUUCGGAUGAAACCAAUAACGAAUGCAAAAGUGCCUCGUGUGAACCACCGCUCAGAUUCAGAUGUGCACAUUCGAGACUUUGUCUUAAUAUUCUUCAGUUAUGUAACGGCUUCAACGAUUGCGGUCCAAACGAUUAUUCGGAUGAGCAUUUAACAAUGUGCAGUUCAUUCUCUGAAUAUGGUGAUUGCACUGAGAAUGAAUUCAAAUGUGCAAAUGGCAAAUGCAUAAAUGCCUCGUUGGCAUGCGACAGGAAUGAUGACUGUGGUGAUGUGAGCGAUGAAAUUGGAUGUUCGAAGCACAGCGGUCGUAAAUGCGAAACGAAUGCCGAUAAUGGUGGAUGUAAGCAUUUAUGUACGGAUAUCGAGAAUGGUUAUUACUGUCACUGUCGAGAUGGAUUCAAGCCGAACCCCAUCGAUCCAUAUGACUGUGUUGAUAUCGAUGAAUGUGCUGGUAAUAAUACUUGCACACAGCUAUGUCUCAACACAAAAGGAUCUUAUUUGUGCAGAUGUCUGGAAGAUUUCGAAAACAACGUGGUGGUUGGUGCAAUGACCGGUAAAGAUUGUAGAGCUAAGGGUGAUGCAGCAUUGGUGAUGAUCGCAUCAGAUGAUAAAAUCAUACAGCUAGGUUUAGCGCAAUCAGAUGGUGUCGUUAAGCAUGCUGCCGUAAAAGCGUUAAGUGAAAAUAACGAUAUUAUUGCUGUCGAAUUCGAUCCUCGACGUGAAUUGAUGUUUUGGAUUGAUGCAAAUUAUAAGUAUAUCUACCGAUCGGCCAUUGCUAAAGGAAAUCAAUCGCACAUUGGUCAACAGCUCGACAUUGAUUUCAAGUCACAAAAAAUGACACCGUCUGCACUGGCCGUCGAUUACUUGACCGGAAAUUUGUUCAUAACAACGAUACCAGAUGAGCAAUCUCAAACGGUGAUAGCACGUAAGAAACGCUUCUCGCAGCCGUCAUAUUCACUGAACGCAAUAAACGGUGCCAUAUUCAUCUCGAAAUCAGAUGGUCGUUAUCUGAAGAGGAUUGUUUACGGUCGUUUGCAAUUACCAACUGCGAUUAUCGCAGUGCCACAAUUGGGUAGAAUUUGUUACGCGGAUGCGGGUAACGAUGCAAAGAUUGAAUGUGCUGAUAUGGAUGGCAAACAUCGCGAGGUUAUUGUCAAUGAAUUGAUCUAUUCACCGACUUCGAUGACAAUCGACGAGGCGAAAGAUAAUCGCAUCUAUUGGGCAGAUCCCAAAUACCACAAAGUUGACUCGAUAUUACCUGAUGGUACAAAACGAAUGACAAUAGUGCACGAUAUACGAACACCGUGGUCGAUUGAUGUCUUUGAAAAUAAUCUUUAUUGGUCAUCAAAGGAAACACAGAAUCUUUACGUGCAGGAUAAAUUCGGUCGAGGUCGCGUUCAUGUGUUAGGAUCAGAUCUGACCAAUGUGCACAGCAUUCGAAUACAGCAACGAUACUCUCGUGAUGUAACUCGUGCAACAUCUGCAUGCGCGCAAUCCUCUUGCACUCAUCUAUGUGUGGAGCUACCAGCAAAUAACUUCAUUUGUUUGUGUCCUGACUUCAAUCAUCCUUUGGAUGAUGGUUCAUGUACAGCAACACAGAUCGAAGAGUUAAGUCUACCGAAACAGUGCUCAUGUCAAAACGGUGGUAUCUGCAAUUUGGAUGGUACAUGUGAAUGUGGUGACUUCGAAGGCGAUCAAUGCCAAAAACAGUCGUCUGUAUCACGUCAGUUGAUCGGUCGAUUUGGUUCCAAUACAAUAUUGGCAUUGCUGUUGUUAAUUUCUUUGCUGGUGUGUAUCGGUAUCGUUAUAUUUGUAACGAUAAAUCUUUACAAGAAGCGUUUAUUACUAUUCAAAAAGCAGCAAGUCGAUGAUGGAAGUGUUUCGUUCCAUGGCAACGUGAUAUCGUUCAGUAACCCCGUUCUUGAACCUAAACCGAGUGAUGCUACACCGGUGGAAUACAGUAUGGCUCAGUUGAACGCUCCAGGUGGAGUGGGUGCAGGCUCAUCGUCAUCCACAACGUUCACGAAUCCAGUAUACGAAAUCGAUGAUCAUAGUGAUAGAAUAUCUUUAUCGAACGGUAACGAUACUAUAGCACAGCCAUCUUCCACUGAACGUAACAACGCUGCUGAUAAUCUCAAACCUGAACCAUCAUCCUCUGUUAUUGCGCCAAAGGCAGAUUUACUCAGACCAGCGAUACCACCUCGAAGGGCCGUCAAAACGGACAGCGAUAAAUUACAGUUGGUUCAUGAUGACCAAGUGACAGAUAUAUGA